AUGCCAGUGGAAACCGCAUCAUCGCGGCCAUAUCUCGCCACUCCGCCUGUGGGGCGGCUGGAGAUCGAUACACUGCCAGCAGAAGCAGCAGUGGCAUCAACAGCGCCAGAUGGCACCAAUGCCGCUAAUGCUGCAUCCGCAUCUGCUGCUUCUAAUUCUGGCGGUGGUGGAAGUGGCGGCAAGGUUGUGACACGGGAGGAGCGUGAGCGGCAGAUCAAGCUUGGUCUCCUGCUUGUGCGGCUGGGAGCAGCAACGGAGAAUAGCGUCUUUGGGGCACGAGGGCUAUCGGUUCCCCCGCGCGACCUCCUCCUCAUUCACCGCCCCGAGGACGAUGAGGAUCCGCGGCGGCCAUUCAAAUGGUACAACCCACUGUCGUGGUUCCUCAGCGGCCCACGGCCGUCCCCACUGCGGUGGAGUUCAUCAGAAACACCAAUCAAAACCAAAACAGCCGCGGCAGCAAGAGCGGCAACAAGAACAACAAUAACAACAACAACGGCUGCCUCUGUUAUUGAAGCGGCGGAUGCUGCCACGUCUGCUGCCGCUGCUGCUAGCGAGAAAGUCAAAAAGAAGAAGGUGCGUCCACUGCCAGUGGUGAAUAUGCAACCGCUGCGGGACGACUCCGUCCUGGAGCCGGCCGUGCGGGAGGAGCGGACAAAGCUGUUCAAGGACGAGGAGGAGGUGCACCGCGUACUCGACCGCAUUGAGGAGACGCGCUACAACUACCUUGUCCCCUCACAAGAGCUUCGCUGCGAGGACGCCGUCAUCGCGGUGGCGCAGUGCUAUGAUAAAUGCAACGCCGUGGCACAGAGCCGUGCAACAACGGCAGCGGCAAUACCCACAACGCCAGCAGCAGCGGUAGCGGAAGGGAAGCUGUUUUCCAACGCCGCGUUGCCCGCAGCUGCCGAGGCACUACAAUGCGGCCCUGUGGUCGCGUUGCUUAAGAGGUGUGCGGAGGGCGUGGCGGCAGCGUAUAGCGAGUCUGAAAGCCGCCAUGAAUAG